GGAGUGCAGCCCGCUCCUGCACUGAUUGAAUUGAAUCCGGGCCAAGGAAAUUAUGUAGCCUGCCUGUCCUCCUCGGAAGAGGGGAGAGAGCCAGGGAAGGAAUCGUCUGCGAACUGCCAAGCUGCCCGGCUGCGCUGCCAGCGAAACGUCUUGCAGACCCGAGCCCAACUCUAGGCUUUUGUGUCUAUUCCCCUCCCUGGCCUCCAACUCUCUCCAGUCUAUUCACAUUUGGCUACUAAACCUUUGGAGUCCUUAGCAGGUAGCCAAGGGCAGCUAGGAAAAUCAGGACAAGAGAUCCCCACCUCCGUUGCAGCUAUGUGUUUUGGAAGCAGAAUAAAAUGGCUCCAGUCCGGCCAAACAUGCUGUCAGCGGGAACGCGAUGCUCCCACCGUUCCCAGAGGGAAUGCAGAUGGCCAUUUUUGGCAUGGGGUGCUUUUGGGGAGCCGAGAGGAUGUUCUGGAAGUUGCCGGGCGUCUUCUCCACCCAGGUGGGCUAUGCAGGAGGCUUCACCCCAAAUCCCACCUACAAAGAAAUCUGUACAGGUCUGACCGGACAUGCGGAAGUGGUCAGGGUUGUGUACGACCCACAGAAGACCAGCUAUGAGGCCCUCCUCAAAGCCUUCUGGGAGAACCAUGACCCCACCCAAGGCAUGCAGCAAGAGGAGGAUGUCGGCACACAGUAUCGCUCAGUCAUCCACACGUUUGGAGCCCAGCAGUGGGAUGCUGCCCUGAAGUCGAAGGCAAUGUAUCAACAGGAGCUGGCUAAACGGCAGCUGGGGCCCAUCACCACUGAAAUCCAGGCGGCCGGGGAGUUCUAUCACGCAGAGGAUUACCACCAGCAGUACCUGCACAAGACCCCCAAGGGAUACUGCGGCCAAAAGGGGACCGGCGUGGCCUGUCCCAUCUGCCCCGCAGCUGAACAAGAGUCAUGAAGGGAGUAUGUCUGGCAGCCAUGGCGAUCAACACCCGCCAGCAGUUGCCAUGGGAACGGAAGCAGCCUCACACCUCAUUUUACAUGACCAUUGGGAGUGCAGGUGGCUUUUCUUUUCCCAGCCACCUCUGGACCCAGCUGGACAGCCUGAUUCACAGAUGUGACGGGUUCUGCACUGGGCCAACUGCCCCUUGAUUCCCUUCCUGCCCUGCGUUAAUGGGCAGUUGCCACAGCGCUGGGGAUGUCCAAGGGUUUGCUCUGGGUCUGAUCCCUGGCAAGGCACCAGGCUUCAGAGAUCACCCCUCGGUCCUGGGAGCUUUGCCGUUGCCUCCAGGCUUGGGGGGGUUUAGCCCUGGUCUCGUUGGCCCUGAUUGAAGAGGAAGCCUCCCGGAGCUGAUCCCACACAAUCACCAGCUACUGCUGGCUCCUCGUCCUGAUCUGCUCGCACCUAUGCCCCCCUUCCCUCCAGAGCAUCCUCUGGGGUCACCUCGAUUCACUGGGAGGCUGGAGCAUAGGAGAGGGGGUAACUUGCUUGCUAACCGCCUGGAGAAUUUCCUCGCUCCGUUGCCACGGCCACCGCAGCAUCUGUCAGACAUGGGCCAGCGGAACUGGCUAGGGGAUGGGGCAACCUCAGUGCCACAACGCAAGGCAAGGCCAAGAGUUUUCAGCCUCCUUUGCUGCUGGAUUUGGGAGGGUCUGGACAGAGGUGCCCAGCAAACGUGCUGCUCUCUCCACCUGGCUUUGCUAGACAACCCUGGGAAGGCUGCAGCCCUCCCCUGCUGCCAGCUGGAGCCUCACCCCUCACGUUUGGGGAGGAGACACCUCUCAUAGGCUGCUGUUUGCUUGGCUGCAGAGGGCACCCUGUCCUUUACUCUCUGCUCUCCCACUGCCUGGUGAGGGCAGGAGCACUGAGGAGUCACUUGCUCCAAGCCCCCGCUGGCCAAAGGAGAGUGAUGCUAGCCCAGGGCUUUCCCGCACUCCUUCCUGGGGCUGCACUAACUCAUAUGGUCCUGGGGGUCCCACCCCUGCUUUGGGAUUCCCAGCCAAUGGCAGCACCCCCCAGCCACUUAAUUCACUUACAGUUCCCCAGGAACCUGCCGUUCCCCCACCCGUGUACAUGUCUAUUGCUUCCUCAGGGCCUGCUGGUGCCCUCUGAAGAGUUUGCUCCUGCCCCUCACUGCAGUGAUCUCCAGCACGGCCUUGCCCUUUAGCUGAGCAGGAGAUCAUCUUCUUUCCUAUUUCUACCUGGCCCUGUGUCCUCCCUGGUCUUUCUAACCCAGCCAGCUCCCUCUGACAAGCUCCCCUGAGCUCCCAUCACAUGCUGCCCUGCCUACUGCAUGUGCCCAAACCCACCACCCGGAAGGCAGAUAGCUAGGCACAGAUGGGGCUGAGCCCAGCUCCCCUUAAAGGGCCAGCCCCGCAAUCUGCCCCCCGUGACAGCAGUAGCCGCCACCCAGUCUGGUCAGUUCUUGGGCACAGAGUCUGGCACUGCACCAGCAGGGAGACCAUGGGGCAGAGAGGUGGCGUUUAAAUUGAUGCUCACACGGGUGGGGCUGGCCUUGUUCUUAAUUGGCCCGUGCCAUUUUGAUCCUCUGAAAUGAUCCAGCGUCUCCUGGGCUGCGCUGAAUAAAUGAAAGGAUUGAUUUAUUGA